AUGGAGCUCACCAGUUCCUCCAGCGAGGACAAACGCCCCCAGUUUGGCAACCGCUUGCUCACGGAUGCAGAUGAUGUAUUCGAACAUAACGCAUGGGACAACGUCGAGUGGACAGAAGAGCAGCGGGCAGCAGCUCGAUGCAAAGUUGCUGAGGCCGCUGAAAACAGAGUCGAUGAUUCGAGUAGAAAACAUUACGAGGACGAGGCGGCGAAUUACUGGGACAAAUUCUACGACGUGCACACAAACCGCUUCUUCAAGGAUCGUCAUUGGCUAUUCACGGAGUUCCCUGAGCUUCUUCCCCAAAACCAGCAGACCGACUCGCCGAACGGGACUCACCCUGGAGGAAACGAUUUAGAAAAAGCUGCGGAGUCAUAUCCCGGUCAAGGCGCACGCUAUCGUGUCUUCGAGAUGGGCUGUGGCGUAGGAAACACUAUAUUCCCGUUGCUCCUCAUCAACAAGAAUCCCGAUCUCCACGUGUACUGCGCGGACUUUUCUCCGAAAGCGAUCGAAGUACUGUCUUCGCACAAAGAUCUGGACCGGGCUCGCUGUACUCCGUUCGUUUGUGAUGCUACGGCUGAAGACUGGGGGACGCCUUUCCCUGAAGAGUCCUUGGAUGUCAUAUUAUUCAUAUUUGUCUUGAGCACCAUAUCGCCCGAAAAGUUCGAGCAUAUCGCGCGGAAGAGCUUCAAGUACCUCAAACCGGGCGGGCUCCUGCUCUUCAGAGACUACGGUCGUUUCGAUAUGGCGCAGCUGAGAUUCAAGAAAGGCAAAUGCCUCGACGACAACUUCUACGUCAGGGGUGACGGCACCCGAUCUUAUUUUUUCACCCAAGGUAACUAUCGAAAGCUCUGAUUCUUAACGAACAAAAU